GUCCUUGAAAGACCUGCAAAGUUUUAGAUACAAUCACGUUACCAAAUCGGCCCGAACACAAAACUAUAAAGGCAUGCAAAAGAUAAUCAGAAAACAGUUUCAUUGUUAUAGUCAACCGUUUUAGCAUAAAAAGUUUUAUAUACUGACGUAACUAGAUAUUCCUAAAAAAAUUCGUCAUUAUCCUAAUAAAUCAUGAUUCAACUUUUACGUGGCUUUAUAAACAACAAUCGGGCAAUUCAUUUACAUGAAAAUAUGUAACGAUGCAACAACAACGUGUUAUAUUGGAUACUGUGAUUUAUAAAAUAAUGUAUGGAAACAUUGUAUAGAAAUUUGUUUAAAAAUAGUUUUUCUGCCAUGAAUAUCCACAUCUAAUUUUGGCCGGUUGAGUUGUCUAAAGUGCUUAUGAAAUGUGAUGAAUGAUAUAUUAUAAUGGAUAGAUAAUAAUACCCUAGUGCAAUGAACGUGUUAAAACUUCGUUUAGCGUGUUUCCCUGCGUUAUACGAGUAUUGUUGAAGUGAAAUACCGAACAGAAAGUAAAAGAAAAGUAGUUAACAUGAGUGAUAGAAUGAAAGCAUGUGGAAAUUCAAGUGAAAAGUACUGCUUACGACCACGCGGUGUUGAUCGCAGAAAAUCAAAGAUUGUGCCUGACGGGGAAGACUCUGAUCCGUCAAACUCUACGAAAUCCUCAGAGCAGCGAGUGGGUCAAAUCGAGAACAAAUCAGCUUCAAAACAACGGACUGCGCCACUCAGCAAGUACAGAAGAAAAACAGCGAAUGCACGAGAGAGAUCUAGAAUGAGAGAAAUAAAUCUCGCGUUCGAAACACUCCGGAAAGCUGUACCAUCUUAUAUGCCUCAGCUAGUCUUACCUGGUGAUGGACCAAACGAGAAGCUGACGAAGAUCACCACCUUGCGAUUGGCCAUGAAGUAUAUCGCAGGACUUACGGAAUUGCUGAGAAAAGAAGAACGGACUUAUGUCAUGGAUGAAACCGUUGAAUACUUGAACUGCCAUUCUGCGAUGUUUCGGGAUGGUCGUGAUACAUGUACCUUGACUGCACUGAAUACACCUUCCACUUUUGACAUAUUUGGAACUGGAAGUCAUUUGUUUAACGAUGGUGGUAGUGAUGGUGAAAGUUUUCAUUCAGGAGCAACAUUGGAUAAUUUUAUUGAACAAUCCAUUGAGAGUCUAGUUCCUGACUUGGACCUUGACUUUCCUGAUAGUCUCUUAAAUACGGAGCUGAGCUAGUCUCGUCAAGUAUUUUAUUGAGUCUUCACGACUAUUGCUCAGUGAUUUAGACAUGGCAAAGAUAACAUUUUUACAUAUUUGUAAAACCAAAUGUUGAGGAGGAUUCUGCCUUGACAAAAUAAAGAUUCUAUUUUACUUAUA